CAGACACCACACUAGCCAUCAUGGAGGUGGACGGGACGGAGAGUCCUCUGAACCCCAGUUGCAAGAUAAUGACCUUCAGACCCUCCAUGGAGGAGUUCCGAGACUUCAACAAAUACCUCGCGUACAUGGAAUCCAAAGGAGCCCACCGAGCAGGGCUUGCAAAGGUGAUUCCUCCUCGGGAGUGGAGGCCAAGGCAGUGCUAUGAUGACGUCGACAAUCUGCUCAUCCCAGCCCCGAUUCAGCAGAUGGUCACAGGGCAGUCAGGCCUGUUCACUCAGUACAACAUCCAGAAGAAGGCCCUGACCGUGAAGGAGUUCCGGCAGCUGGCCAACAGUGGCAAGUACUGCACGCCAAGAUAUUUGGACUAUGAAGAUUUGGAGCGCAAGUACUGGAAGAACCUGACGUUCGUGGCUCCCAUCUACGGCGCGGACAUCAACGGGAGCAUUUACGAUGAGGGUGUGGACGAAUGGAACAUAGCUCGCCUGAAUACGGUCCUGGACGUGGUCGAAGAAGAGUGCGGGAUUUCCAUCGAGGGCGUCAACACCCCCUACCUCUAUUUCGGCAUGUGGAAGACCACGUUCGCCUGGCACACGGAGGACAUGGACCUCUACAGCAUUAACUAUCUCCACUUCGGAGAGCCCAAGUCGUGGUAUGCUAUACCCCCGGAGCAUGGAAAACGACUUGAAAGACUAGCUCAAGGUUUUUUCCCAAGCAGCUCCCAAUGCUGUGAUGCGUUUCUUCGCCACAAGAUGACGCUGAUUUCUCCAUCCGUGUUGAAGAAGUAUGGGAUUCCCUUUGACAAGAUUACCCAGGAAGCUGGAGAAUUUAUGAUCACUUUCCCAUAUGGUUACCAUGCUGGUUUUAAUCAUGGCUUCAACUGUGCAGAAUCUACAAAUUUUGCUACUGUCAGAUGGAUUGACUAUGGAAAAGUUGCUAAAUUGUGCACUUGCAGGAAAGACAUGGUGAAGAUUUCAAUGGAUAUAUUUGUGAGGAAAUUUCAGCCAGACAGAUACCACCUUUGGAAACAAGGGAAGGAUAUAUACACCAUUGAUCACACAAAGCCGACUCCAGAAUCCACCCCUGAAGUCAAAGCAUGGGUACAGAGGAGGAGGAAAGUAAAGAAAGGACCCAGGAGCUUCCAGUACCCCAGGCCUGAUUCUAAAAAGCCAAAGGCUGAGGAAGAGGAGGGCAUGCCAGCUGAAGGUGACGGGGCAACAGACGUCUCGCAGGUCAGUGAACAGCCAGCACAAGCGUCGGCGCCGGGGAACACAGAAGCCCCUUCAGAAGCAGGCCCCUCGCCAAGCCGGAUGCUGGUGGGCCAGAAUCUGCCAGAUCCUACCAAACUCACAGGAAGCAGCUGCUUAAGUCCAACUAGGAAAGAAGACGUGGAAGCCGAGGAUGACAAAGCCUGGGCAUCCAGCGUACCUUCUAAAUGCGGUGAGGCUGAUGAUUCCACCCCAUUAUCUGGCGGCUCCACGACGUUCAAGAAAUCAGCCCCACCCAAGGCCUCGUGGCCAGAGUCACCUGAAUCGGCCUCCUCAGUGGCAGAGAGCGGUGGCGUGUUAACUGAGGGCGAAGAGAGUGAUACGGAGAGCCAUGGAAGGGGCCUUGAGCCUGGGGACAUCCCAGCCUUCCCUGCAGCGGAGAGAAAUGGCUUCAAAACUCCCAGCAUGAUAGAAGGAGAGACUCAGACCUCUAAGAGUUGGCGACAUCCUCUCAGCAAACCCCCGGCAAGAUCCCCCAUGACUCUUGUGAAGCAGCAGGCACCCAGUGAUGAAGACUUGCCUGAGGUUCCGUGUAACGAGGAGGAAGUGGAAGAAACAGAGUCUUGGGCGAAGCCUCUCGUCCAUCUUUGGCAGACAAAGCCCCCUAACUUUGCAGCCGAGCAAGAGUACAACGCGGCGGCGGCCAGAAUGGAGCCACAUUGUGCCGUCUGCACCCUGCUCAUGCCAUACUACAAGCCAGAUAGCAGCAAUGAAGAAAAUGAUGCUAGAUGGGAGACAAAAUUAGAUGAAGUGGUUACAUCGGGAGGAAGGACUAAGCCCCUCAUUCCAGAGAUGUGUUUUAUUUAUAGUGAAGAAAGCAUAGAAUAUUCUCCACCCAAUGCCUUCCUCGAAGAGGAUGGAACAAGUCUUCUGAUUUCCUGUGCAAAGUGCUGCGUACGGGUUCAUGCAAGUUGUUACGGUAUCCCUUCUCAUGAAAUCUGUGAUGGAUGGCUGUGCGCCCGGUGCAAAAGAAAUGCGUGGACGGCAGAAUGCUGUCUCUGCAACUUGAGAGGAGGUGCCCUUAAGGAAACUCUGAACAAUAAAAGUGCAUGUUCUGCCGACACCGGAUUAAGAAGGUCUCUGGAGCUUGCAUCCAGUGUUCCUCCAGCCGCUGCCCGGCUUCCUUCCACGUCACGUGUGCCCAUGCUGCCGGCGUGCUGAUGGAGCCCGACGACUGGCCUUACGUGGUGAACAUCACGUGCUUCCGACAUAAGGUCAACCCAGCCGUGAAGGCUAAGGCUUGUGAGAAGGCCAUCUCCGUGGGUCAGACGGUCAUCACAAAACAUCGGAACACCCGGUAUUACAGCUGUAGAGUGAUGGCUGUGACAUCACAAACCUUCUAUGAGGUCAUUUUUGAUGAUGGCUCCUUCAGCAGAGACACGUUUCCUGAGGAUAUUGUG